CCGGUCCCCCGGCGGCCGGGAGGGCGCACGCCGCCGUCGCAAACUGCUGACGUGGGCCGGCCGGGAAGGGGGUCGGGGGUGUGGGUCGCCAUGGCGGUGGAUAUCACGCUGCUGUUCCGGGCCAGCGUCAAGACCGUGAAGACGCGCAACAAAGCCCUGGGAGUGGCGGUGGGCGGCGGGGCUGACGGCAGCCGCGACGAGCUGUUCCGCCGGAGCCCCCGGCCCAAGAGCGACUUCUCCAGCCGGGCGCGGGAAGUGAUUUCACACAUUGGCAAACUGAGAGAUUUUCUCCUGGAACACAGGAAAGAUUACAUUAAUGCUUAUAGCCACAUCAUGUCUGAGUACGGGAGGAUGACAGACACAGAGCGAGACCAGAUAGACCAGGACGCUCAGACGUUCAUGAGGACCUGCUCUGAAGCGAUUCAGCAACUGCGAACACAAGCCCACAAGGAGAUACACUCCCAGCAAGUGAAGGAGCACAGGAGUGCCGUUUUGGAUUUCAUUGAAGAUUACUUGAAAAGAGUUUGUAAACUUUACUCAGAACAAAGAGCCAUCCGAGUUAAGCGAGUGGUGGAUAAGAAGAGACUAUCUAAGCUGGAACCGGAACCAAGGACAAAGACCAGGGCAUCCGUGUCUUCUGAGAAAGUUUCACGGGAUCAUUCGCAAGACUCUGAAGAAAAAUCUGUCACUGAAGAAUAUCCAGAAAAGAUUCCGGCUGAAUCCCAACCCGAAUUGGGCACGUGGGGAGACGGCAAAGGUGAAGACGAAUUAUCCCCAGAAGAAAUACAGAUGUUUGAACAAGAGAACCAGCGCCUAAUUGGUGAGAUGAACAGCCUGUUUGAUGAAGUGAGGCAAAUCGAAGGGAGAGUGGUUGAAAUUUCCAGGCUCCAAGAAAUAUUCACAGAGAAGGUUUUACAACAGGAAGCCGAGAUCGACAGCAUUCACCAGUUAGUUGUGGGGGCGACUGAGAAUAUCAAGGAGGGCAACGAAGACAUCAGAGAGGCCAUCAAAAACAACGCCGGCUUCCGAGUGUGGGUGCUCUUCUUCCUGGUGAUGUGCUCCUUCUCCUUGCUCUUCCUGGACUGGUACGACAGCUAGUCUGCCCUGCACGCCCUGGCGCAUGGGGCGCUGUCAAGGGUCUCCGGCAUCGGACCAGGGCUGUGCCCAGAUCCUACCACGUUGGGGGGAGGGGGCGGUGGCAGAGCUACGUGCUCCCACAAAAGGGACACCCAGACCUGUGGUCUUAGCCCGUUUAGUAGCUGAAAAAGAAACUAAUGAACACAAAUUGACAGUGGACUGCGUGGCACUCCUGAGGCAGGGUGGAAGAGAGGGGGGUCGUUACUGGCUGCACCCAAACUGGUGGCCCACGUGGAGGGGCUGCCCGGAGGCGGGGCUCAGGGAGGCACCGACCUGGCCCUUCCAGUGGCUUAGGGAAGAGUGCUGGGUGAUAACUUCUCACGGCAAGCGACCAUCACUUAGUUUCCUGUAGCUUCUUGUCUGCCUGAGCCAAGUGCUGCAGAGUCGCUACGUUGUAGAAAACUCGCCUUUGCCUCACAAAUAUAAUAAAUGCAACUACGGUUA